AUGACUUCCAAGUUGUUUUCAACGUCACCAAGAUUAGCGCAGUCAUGCCUACGUCGAACGCGAAACCUAACCCCGGCCGUAUCACGACUCCCACAGCGCCGCUAUAUCUCCGCUUACGGUUACGAACAAGCCAAAGCCCUCACAUUCUCCGACUAUGGCGAGCCCCCAGCUGUACUCUCUCUUCACAGUCAUUCCAUCUCGCCGCCGCAUAGCAAUUACAUGACAUUGCGCUUUCUCGCUUCGCCCAUCAAUCCCGCCGACAUCAACCAAAUCCAAGGUGUAUACCCUUCAAAGCCAACCUUCACAACCAACUUAGGCACCCCUAACCCGAUCGCUGUCGCCGGAAAUGAAGGUGUGGCGGAGAUAAUAGCACUAGGUGAAGGUGUUAAGAAAGAAGGAUUCAAGAAGGGCGACUGGGUUUUCAUGAAAGGUCCCGGCUUCGGUACAUGGCGAACACACGCAAGCGCUACCACCAACGACAUCGUGAAGCUCGACGACCAGAUGCGCGAAGGCAUCACCGCAAUUCAAGCCGGCACCGUAUCCAUAAACCCAUGCACAGCAUACCGCAUGCUUCGCGACUUCACAACUCUCUCUGAAGGCGAUUGGUUCAUACAAAAUGGAGCGAAUUCAGGCGUCGGACGCGCCGCCAUCCAGCUAGGUAAGAAAUGGGGCUACAAGAGCAUCAAUGUAAUCCGUAGCCGGGAAGACAAAAGCAAAGAAGAUGCCAUGAAGAAAGAACUGCAGGAUCUGGGUGCAGACGUCGUAAUCACAGAUGCCGAAUUGCAGUCCCAAGGCAUAAAAGACCAGGCCAAAGAAUGGACAAACGGUGGUCGCGCCCCCAUUCGUUUAGCAUUGAACUGCGUAAACGGCAAAGCGGCUACAGCAAUGGCUAAGCUGCUUUCCUCGUCUUCACACUUCGUUACCUACGGCGCCAUGUCCAAGCAGCCCUUGACUAUCCCUGCGUCCAUGCUCAUCUUCAAGGAUAUCCACUUCCAUGGCUUUUGGGUGAGCAGAUGGGCGGAGAAGCAUCCCGAAGACAAGCAGAAGACCGUUGCUGAUGUGCUGGAUAUGACGAGAAAGGGAGAGUUCAGAGAUAUGCCCGUAGAUGAGAUCAAGUGGGAGUGGGAUACCAAAGGCGACGAGUUGAUAGGCAAGGUCAAGGACACAUUGGAGGGGUACAGGGAUGGUAAGGGUGUGUUUGUGUUUGGUAAGACGUAG